AUGAGUUCCCACGGAGGAAUGAGUUCUCAGGGAGGAAUGAGUUCUCAGGGAGGAAUGAGUUCCCACGGAGGAAUGAGUUCCCAGGGAGGAAUGAGUUCUCAGGGAGGAAUGAGUUCUCAGGGAGGAAUGAGUUCCCACGGAGGAAUGAGUUCUCAGGGAGGAAUGAGUUCUCAGGGAGGAAUGAGUUCCCACGGAGGAAUGAGUUCUCAGGGAGGAAUGAGUUCUCAGGGAGAAAUGAGUUCCCACGGAGGAAUGAGUUCUCAGGGAGGAAUGAGUUCCCACGGAGGAAUGAGUUCUCAGGGAGGAAUGAGUUCCCACGGAGGAAUGAGUUCUCAGGGAGGAAUGAGUUCUCAGGGAGGAAUGAGUUCCCACGGAGGAAUGAGUUCCCAGGGAGGAAUGAGUUCUCAGGGAGGAAUGAGUUCUCAGGGAGGAAUGAGUUCCCACGGAGGAAUGAGUUCUCAGGGAGGAAUGAGUUCUCAGGGAGGAAUGAGUUCCCACGGAGGAAUGAGUUCUCAGGGAGGAAUGAGUUCUCAGGGAGAAAUGAGUUCCCACGGAGGAAUGAGUUCUCAGGGAGGAAUGAGUUCCCACGGAGGAAUGAGUUCUCAGGGAGGAAUGAGUUCCCAGGGAGGAAUGAGUUCUCAGUGA